AUGCACCGCCCCUUAUCCUACGCCGCUCUCCCUGUUCCUAUAUAAAUGCAUACCCAGCCAAUCCCGUCCAAGUUUUGCUCGACGUUUAUACAAUAAGCAAUUAUCAGAAUAUUCGCUUUUCACACAGGCAAAAGAGAGGGUGUCCGAUCCACACCUGAGCACAAAAUGGAAAAUCCCGAGCAUGUACAAAAUAUAUCAGUGGUAUGGAGGGGGAAAAAGUUUACCAUAGAAAUGGGUUCAGGUGCUACACUCAAGGAGCUUGGGCUCAAACUGCAAGGAUUAACAGAUGUCAAAGCAGAUACCAUGCGGCUCAUUGUUCCACAAUCUUCCAACAAAACAUCGAAGCUGCUGUCUCCUUUCUCCGAUGAGCAGGCGCUUUUAAGUUUGGAAGAAAUUUACAUAACAAAGGGCAAGUCUAUCAGAAUGAUGGGUGUGCCUGGAAGUGAGGUUGAUGAAAUUCUACAGAAUGCAAAAGCAAAUUUAAGGGUAGCUGGAUUUGAAGAAGAGGAAAAGAGACUGAGGCAGCGAUUGUCAGAUAGGCCUCAUGCUUCCCCAAAACUUCCACAAGGACCUUAUAUAUUUUGUGAUUUCCGCACACUUGAGAUCCCAGGAGUUGAGAUGAAUCCUCCAGCCUCAGAGGCACUGAAGAGAAUGCAUAUGCUUGCGGCAGAUCCUGGGAUUGUUGCUAUUAUGAACAAGCAUCAUUGGCGCGUAGGUAUUAUGACUGAGUUGGCCCCCAUUGGUUAUGUUGGCAUAAGUCCCAAAUGCUUGCUUGGUUUAAAUAAGAAUCACGGAGAGGAGAUAUCCUUGCGUCUUAGAACUGAUGACCUUAAGGGUUUCAGGAAGUAUGAAAGCAUCAAGAAAACUCUUUUGCAUGAACUUGCUCACAUGGUAUACUCAGAACAUGAUGAAAACUUUUAUGCUUUGGAUAAACAGUUGAACCAAGAAGCUGCUAGUUUAGAUUGGACAAGAUCAAGAAGCCAUACAUUGAAUGGUGUCCAAUAUUCAGGACAUUAUGAGGAUGAUGACUACAUUGGUGACAGUAGUAAUACUCCUCAGAAGCUUGGAGGAAGUACUUUGGAUCAGCUUGCUAAUGCUCGAGCAUCUUCAGUUGCUGCUGCCUACCGCCGUUUAUCAAAUGCUUCUGUGAACAGCUCGGGAGGAUCUGUUGUAAGUAAAGAACCAGACCCUGAUGACUCUGGGUUAAAUACGCAUGGAAAACCUGCUUCUAUGGAUUCCAUGGAAAAUGAAAACUUCAAUAUAAAUAUCCAAAGUUCCAAUGAAGCACAGAUAAAAGCUGUUUCUGAGCCGGAUCCCGAUGAUAUUUCUGGCGACCAAAACAAGCUCGAACCCGAUCCUUCUGAUUUGCAGUAUGGUGAAACAAUGGAAUAUGAAUCUUAUCCAAAAUUUACUGGAAACAGGACUGUAUUUGGACAAGAUUUCAGUAACUAUGUGCCAAUACAACCCUUGCUGCCCUCAGAAACUAAUAGAAAGUUGGGAGCCACAAAGUUGCAUGAAGAGCCUGAUCCUGAUAAGCAUCAAGAGAUGGAGAUUCUGGACAGUGGAAUUCAAACAAGGAAGGACAUUGACGAACCUGAUCCUGAUGAUUCUCAAGCAAAUGGACCUGUUCAGACUGAGCCUGAUCCUGAUGAUAAUUUGGGGCACGCAUUAGGAGUUUCAAGUGUGCAAACUUAUGAGCCAGAUCCUGAUGAUCAAGAACUACAAAGAAUUCAAGACCCUGUAACGUUCCUUUGUAGUCGGCUGCAGAAGGCCAUUGAGAUUCUGCAAGUCGAAGUUACUCCCUUGGAAGCAACUGCAGUCCUACAAACUUUGUCUAAGAUAAUUAGGAAUGUGAUUGAACACCCUGGUGAGAUGAAAUAUAGAAGACUGCGCAAGGCAAAUCCCAUAAUCCAAAAGAACGUCGCAAAUUAUCAAGCUGCGAUGGACAUUCUUUCUUUGGUUGGUUUCAAUGAAGAUGUUGUGUUGGACGAGAUUGGUAAACCAGAGACUUACCUAGUUUUGAAGCGGAAUGAUCCCGGCUUGCUGUGGCUUGCAAAGUCUUCCCUGGAAACGGCUUACUAGUGAUGGAAGUGCGUAGUGCCUUGAGAACAUAUCAAAACAGUGAAGGUGGCAUAUGUAAAUUGUGCAGUUAUACUUCAUAAAAUUCAGGAUUGUACGUUUGGCAUCAUAGUUUGUCGACAAAACGUUAGUCGCAGAUAAAAUGGUUGUUUAGGAGUCCAAUUGCCGUUAACAGCCUGUUUAUGUUUGCAAUGCUGUCAAACUAUGGAAGCUCGACAUUGAAAAGUUUGUUGUUUAUAAAAUUAAAUGGAUGAGGGAUUGAAAA